CGCGCGUCCUUCUGCUUUCCCUUCCCUUUGGCUGAGCCGCGAGGGCUGGGAGUGGCGGGAGUGGGCCGCUAUCGCCGCCUGGACAGGACGAGGCGCAGGAGGGAAGGCGCUGCAACCAUGGCGUCGUAUAUGGGGAGCCGCACUUUGAGCAAGGACGAUGUGAACUACCGGCUGCACUUCCGCAUGAUCAACGAGCAGCAAGUGGAGGACAUCACCCUGGAGUUCUUCUACCGGCCCCACACCAUCACCCUGCUCAGCUUCACCAUCCUCAGCCUCAUGGCCUUCGCCUUCACCAGAGAUGAUUCAACCCCUGAAGAUAACAUUUGGAAAGGCAUCCUCUCUGUGAUAUUUUUCUUUCUAAUCAUCAGUGUUCUAGCUUUUCCCAAUGGCCCUUUCACCCGCCCACACCCAGCAAUAUGGCGCAUGGUAUUUGGUUUGAGUGUACUUUAUUUUCUGUUUCUGGUAUUCCUGCUCUUCCUUAACUUUGAACAAGUGAAAUCAGUGAUGUACUGGUUGGAUCCCAACCUACGAUAUGCGACAAGAGAAGCAGACAUUAUGGAAUAUGCUGUGAAUUGCCAUGUUAUUACCUGGGAACGAAUCCUAAGUCAUUUUGACAUAUUUGCUUUUGGGCAUUUCUGGGGCUGGGCAAUGAAGGCUUUGUUGAUUCGCAGCUAUGGAUUGUGUUGGACUAUUAGCAUCACCUGGGAGCUGACAGAGGUAAGUUGG